GUAUGCAGGCCACAAUAUUUAAGUUUCUGGGCCUCACUUUGGGCUGUUGAACACUACCAUAGCACCACUGAAAACUUAGUCACACACACUCCCCCCCGGAAAAUAUAUAUAUUUUAAUGUAGUCCUUUUCCAUUCUUGUCAGGGCCUUGAGGGCAUGACCAAGCCUUAAUGGCCCUGCCCAGCCCCACGCCUGUGGGCCCAGGACCUUCAUUUUGGCUGUGCACGGGGCCAUCAGUCCUUGCCCAGACUGUGCUCGGCCCAGGGACCCCCCACUGUCACAGUCCUGUCCCCACAGCCCCACUUGUGUACUAGCACAUGCUCCUGUACAAAUAUUUAACAAACACGAAAUUGCUACAAAACGGUAUUGACACAGGUAGGAUAUGAUGGGCCCACAGAGAGGAGCACAAACUGCGAGUGGUGCAAUGGGCCCUGCGAGAAACCUGUAGAGUCUGACCAAGGCCAGGCUUCAGUGUCAGUCCCCGCCAGGCCCAGCCCUCGCUGUGACAGCCAGAGCGAAGACUUUGGUUCUUGGUUUUCCCAUGUUUGUACAGCAGCACAGCUUGCUCUCUGCUUCAUACACCUUUUUUUCUCUUUAUUUGUGGGACUAAGAGAAGUCUAACACAAACAGAAGAUGCUGUUUAGCACAAGGAACUUCUUCAGUAUUGCAAAGCUAACAGGGACCAGCAAGUGGUUGGUGCGACAGUUUUGGUUCACUGCUGGCAAUCAGUGGGAACUUUCUCUGGUUAGCAGAAAUGAUAGAAAAGCAAUUUGGAAAACAGCUGACAGGUAUGGGCCACCAGCUCAAAUGAAUGUUCAGCUCAGAGGUCGUGACCUCCUUACUCUACAAAACUACACAGCAGAUGAGCUGAAGUAUUUGCUGUGGAUGGCCUCAGAUUUGAAACAAAGGAUAAAGAACAAAGGAGAGUAUUUGCCUUUGAUGCAAGGAAAAUCUUUGGCCAUGAUUUUUGAGAAAAGAAGCACAAGAACAAGAUUAUCUACAGAAACAGGAUUUGCUCUUCUUGGAGGACAUCCUUCCUUCCUUACAACACAAGACAUACACCUGGGCACUAAUGAGAGCCUCACAGAUACAGCAAGGGUGCUGUCCAGCAUGACAAAUGCAAUCUUGGCUCGAGUUUAUAAGCAUAAUGAUUUGGAACUAAUGACGAAAGAAGCCACGAUCCCAAUAAUCAAUGGAUUGUCUGAUUUAUACCAUCCUCUCCAGAUUUUAGCUGAUUACCUAACUCUUCAGGAGCACUAUGGUGGGCUGAAGGGGCUCACUAUCACCUGGAUUGGGGACGGAAACAACGUCCUCCACUCCAUCAUGAUAAGUGCUGCAAAGCUGGGAAUGCACCUGCGUAUUGCAACUCCCAAGGGCUUUGAGCCAGACCUCAGAAUAACUAAAAUAACUGAACAGUACGCCAAAGAGCAUGGUACCAAGUUACUUCUCACAACAGAUCCUUUGGAAGCUGCAGACGGCGCCAAUGUCUUAAUUACAGACACUUGGAUAAGUAUGGGGCAAGAAGAGGAAAAGAAAGAAAGACUAAAGGCAUUUCAAGGUUAUCAGAUUACAAUGCAGACUGCAAAAUCUGCUGCUUCCAACUGGACUUUUUUACAUUGUUUACCCAGAAAACCUGAAGAAGUUGAUGAUGAAGUAUUCUAUUCUCCACAGUCAUUGGUUUUCCAGGAGGCUGAAAACAGAAAAUGGACAAUUAUGGCUGUCAUGGUUUCCCUGCUGACAGAUUACUCACCACAGCUACAAAAGCCUACAUUUUGAUGCUUGGAUUCCUGCCAAGAGAAAAAUAUUCCUCAUUGGCAGAAUAUUCUGGUCUGCAGAUACAUAGAUCUUCUUCAGAAAGGAUCAAGGCAAUAAAUGAUUCUUUAAUAAAACCAUAUAGUUAGCUGUAGAAUAUUGCAUUACAUUUGUG